AUGGAUGGUAAUGUAAAGCAAGAGAUUCUUGAACCGUCACCUAAUCGACAAAACACCACCGUUUCUGGCGUUCCACCCGCGGUAAUCGAACUCAGUAGCAGCAGUGAAAGGAUUAGUGGUAGCGGGAGUGAGUCCGAAACCGAGUUAGAUGGAAACGGCGCUGUCUCUAAGAGACAUAGAGAUUCUAGUAGUGGUAAUGGAGGUUCUGAGAAGAAGAAGCGGAGGAGAAAUUUGGAUGAUUUAGGCGUUGUGUUGCCGUUGGGGUUUCUCGCUCCGGUUCUGCCACCGCCUGCGUCGGAGCCGCCCUCUGAAACGGAAUUGGCGGUGGUGGAGUCAGCGGAGAGUAGCAGAGUGAAUUUGACUGGUCAAAGUAAUAAACAAUUUUGGAAAGCGGGUGAUUAUGAAGAUGCUCUUCAUGCUAAUUGGGAUUUAUCUUCUGGUGGAUUGGAUCAUGUUAGGGUUCACCCAAAAUUUUUGCAUUCUAAUGCAACUAGUCAUAAGUGGGCGCUUGGAGCAUUUGCGGAACUUUUGGACAAUGCAUUGGAUGAGUUUGGCAAUGGGGCUAGGUUUGUUAACAUAGAUAUGGUUGAAAGUAAGAAGGAUCGGAGCAAAAUGCUUUUGAUUGAAGAUAAUGGUGGUGGAAUGGAUCCAGAUAAAAUGCGACAAUGCAUGUCAUUGGGUUAUUCUGCAAAAAGCAAAGUGGCUAACUCUAUUGGACAAUAUGGCAAUGGAUUUAAGACAAGUACCAUGAGACUUGGAGCAGAUGUCAUUGUGUUUUCACGUUGUCCUGGAAAAAAUGGCAAAAGUCCUACACAGAGCAUUGGAUUGCUAUCAUACACUUUUUUGAGGAGCACGGGGAAAGAAGAUAUUGUGGUGCCCAUGCUUGACUAUGAAAGAAAGGGGCGGGAAUGGAGCAGGAUAAUACGGUCUUCUACUGGUGAUUGGAAUAGAAAUGUGGAGACUAUAGUUCAUUGGUCUCCGUUUUCCAGUGAGGCAGACCUUCUUCGUCAGUUUAAUCUUAUGUCAGAUCAUGGGACACACAUAAUUAUAUACAAUCUUUGGGAGGAUGAUCAGGGAUUGUUGGAACUUGAUUUUGACAGUGAUCCUCAUGAUAUCCAACUAAGAGGCGUCAAUCGAGAUGAGAAGCAUAUACAAAUGGCAAAAGAGUAUCCCAACUCCAGACACUUCCUUACUUAUCGGCAUUCAUUAAGGAAUUAUGCCUCAAUUCUCUAUCUCAGACUGCCUCCCAGCUUUCGAAUCAUUCUCCGUGGGAAAGAUGUUGAGCACCACAAUAUAGUGAAUGAUAUGAUGCUAUCUCAGGAGAUAACAUAUCGGCCACAGCCUGGUGCAGAUGGUGUCCCAAAAGACAAAAAUAUGACUGCUGUCGUCACUAUUGGCUUUGUAAAGGAUGCAAAGCAUCAUAUUGAUGUUCAAGGGUUCAAUGUUUAUCACAAAAAUCGACUAAUUAAGCCAUUUUGGAGGCUUUGGAAUGCCGCUGGAAGUGAUGGACGUGGAGUAAUAGGUGUGUUGGAAGCUAAUUUUGUUGAGCCAGCUCAUGAUAAGCAAGGAUUUGAACGAACAACAGUUCUUGCAAGACUUGAAUCUCGAUUAGUACAAAUGCAAAAACAUUACUGGAGCACAUACUGCUAUAAAAUUGGUUAUGCUCCAAGGCGAAAUAAGAAACUCAUAAAUGAGUCUUCAGAUAGAGGUGUAGUUUGCGAGCUUUUUGAGUCUCUAAAAACUUCUCCUGACUAUCAACAACCCACAACUUCUCCAUCUAAAAAGAAGUAUACUUCCUCGAGCAGUAAGAUAUCCCCUUCAUAUUCAGACCAUGGGUAUGGCAACCGACAUACCUCCAAUAAAGGGAAUAAUAGAACCAAGACCCAAACUAAAUCUGGAAAAAGCGCCGUAUCUUCUGGACCAUCACCUCCUGCUCAGGAUGCUAGCAGUGGAGAUGAUGAUUGUGUUGCUGUUCCUAUGAGAGAAGCAAAUGGGAGCACUCAAAAGACCACUCCUACUAACAAGACUUCUGAGAAAAAUGGGUUGCAUGCAAGUCAGUCGUCUUCAUACUUGGAAGAUUCUGGAUCUCAGCAUGAUUGCAUGUCUGGAGGGGGAACUUUUCAAAGAGUCACAAGAUCCCAACAAAAGGCGGGCGAUGUUGAUAAGAGGGAUCAUGCCUUAUCAGAAUCUGGUAUGCAUGCCCUUGUUCAUUUGAAACAAGAGAAUCAAGAACUAAAAGAAAGAUUAGAGAAAUUGGAAGGAGAGACUCGAGGGGAGUACUUGAAUGGUUUUCAGUGUCAGAAGUGUAAAUCACUUGAGAUACAGUUGCAUGAUGCACAGCAAAAGCUUGAAGAAUUGAACAAGGAACAGGAAAGUCUGAUUGAUAUAUUCUCAGAGGAGAGGGACCGGCGAGACCUGGAGGAGGAGAAUCUGAGAAAGAAGCUAAAGGAUGCAUCAAAUACUAUUCAGGAGUUGCUUGACAAGGUCAGGCUGUUGGAGAAGAUGAAAUCUCCUAAUCUCAAAGGAGGACAAUGA